AUGGGUAGGGUAAUCGUUCUCUCUCCAUUCUCCCUCCCACCUCUUCAGUCUCUCUCCCUUCCCCUCACUCUUCUGAUCCCCCCUCCUCUCCCUACUCCCCGUCUCCCCUCUUCCCCCUCCCCUUCCCUCACCUUUUCCCUCUCCGCCCCCUCCACCCACCACUGGCCCCGGACGUAUGAUGCAGUGGAUGGCAAGCAGGCUCGGUGCAUUAGAAUCGCCUCUAAGAACUCUUUUAACUUUUUCCUCCUUCCCUUCUCCCCGCUCCCCCUCCGUCCCACAAUGACACUAGACACGUUUGAUGCAGUGGACGGGAAGCAGGCCCGGCGCACGGGCGCAUCUAGCCCUCUGGGGGAGCUGAUGGAUCACAGCUGUGAUGCUGUGUGCUGCACGCUGGAGGUGCUACCGUUUGCAGCAGCGGGAAUGAUGGGGUCGCACGCACCUCUCUUCUGGCUUGUCUCAUCCUCCACGUUCUUCUUUGCCAGUUGGGAAACCUUCUUCACGCACUCCCUCGUGCUGCCCAUUGUGAACGGCCCCACAGAAGGCCUGCUCACUCUCUGCGGCUUCUUUCUCUUCACGGCGUACAAGGGUCAGGACUGGUGGGGAGUUCUGCUAUUCCCGCCAUCCAGCACCAUCCACAUGCACACGCACCUGCCACUCCUCCAACGCAUCGCCUCGCUGUCCCGUCUGGACCUGCUUCUGCUCGUGCAGUUCCCUCUAUUCGUCUUCCCCACGGCUGUGAGCAAUUUGGCAACGGUGCUCAGAGCAGUGAGGUCAGGGGAGAAAGAGAGGCGCAAAGCAGGGCAAGCAGUGCCCUUUGCCGACACCACGCUUUUUGCUGCCCUGCUGCUAGUCCCAUAUGUCGCCCUAGCAAGCUUCACAGUUGCCUGGGCAGUAAUGUCUCCUUCAGCCGUUAUUCCCAAUCACUCGCACUUCUUCUUUCUCGCCCUCUGCUUCUCCUUUGCUCUUAUCGUGGGCCGAAUGAUUCUCGCGCACCUCACCAGGGAGAGUGAAGGGCUACUAGCAGCCAUGAUGCAGCCUCUUUUCUUCCUUACGAUAGCACUCGUCAACGCAGCCUGGCCGCACUUCAUUAAAAGCAGCACCGCGUCUCCUGGGCCCCUUCAAACCCCUCUUCCGGAGUUUCCAUUGCUGCUGCUGUAUGCUGCACACACAGGUUAUCUUUACGCCCACUUUGCAGUCGGGGUGUGUUACGACAUUUGUAACACACUUGGCAUCUACACCUUCCGAGUGGGAUUCUUCAAAAGGGCCCAUUGUUCUCAAUCCUCAAUUGAGAUCUUAAUGUCUCCUCUCUCGUCCCUCUCUUCCCUCUGUGCUCAGCUUGCAAAAAUAUGCGCUAACCCUUGCCCCCCUGCCCUCCCCCUGCCCUCCCCCUACGUUCUCCCUUGCCCCCCUCCGUUGACCCCACCCUGCCCUCCCCCUCCCCUCUCCCGCCUUCCCCCUGCCCUCCCCCUGCCCUCCCUGUGCCGCUCCCUCUGCCGCUCCCCCUGCCCCCCCCUGCGCUCCCAUCUGUGCGCCCGUCUCUCCCCGCAGGUGAUGAAGGACUCAGUGGACCGCAUGGAUCGCAGCCUGCAGUCCCUCUUCUUCCGAGUCGACUCAAAAGUGAUGAAGGACUCAGUGGACCGCAUGGAUCGCAGCCUGCAGUCCCUCUUCUUCUACGAGGCUUUCCUCUACUACAACCCACUCCUCAUGAUUGCGCUGAUGGUGUGGCUGUGGGGCAUCAACCUGUAUGGGCUGGCGCACUCGCGGGUCAGCUACGCCAAGGUCUUCGACCUGGACCACAACCACCUCACGCACACGCAAAUAUGGCAGGUGUCAGCAGCGCUGUCCCUGGCAGUGCUCUCUUCCAUGACAGCCUACAUGUUCCUCUUCUCCCACGGCCUCAUCAACCUCGCCGCAACACAACCUGUUCUGAUGUACUGUUCUCUACCCCUCACCCUCGCCCUGCCCUUUGAUGUGCUCUACGCUCCUUCUCGCGUCUACUUCCUCACCACUCUCUUUCGACUCACCUUCCCCCUGCAACCAAUCACGUUUGCGGAUUUCUUUGUCGCUGACGUGCUUACCUCCAUGGCCAAGGUGUUGUCUGAUGUGGAGCGAUCCAUCUGCCGCAUGUCCCAUGGCCAGGUGGCUAGUAUAGCAUGGAUGGACGCAGGGGACGUGUGCGGCAGCCACUCCCUCAUGAUCCCCAUCGUGCUCGCCUUCCCCUACGCCUGCCGCUUCUUCCAAUGCCUGCGCCAGUACUCCGACACUCGCGACAAGUCCUGCCUGCUCAAUGCUCUGAAGUAUUCAACAGCAUUCCCAGUGAUCAUCCUAUCAGCCACCAAGUACCAUGUGCCUGUCGAGCGGUGGAGAGCGGUGUACCGCCCACUGUGGCUCAUGGCGUCUGUGGUCAACUCAUGCUACUCCUACUACUGGGAUAUAUCAAGAGAUUGGGACUUCGGGUGCUUCUCUGGUAACUGCAACUCGCGAAACCCUCUUCUCCGCAGCAACCUCUACUUUCCACAAAGAUGGGUGUACUACUGGGUUAUGUGCUCCAACCUUGUUCUUCGCAUCUCCUGGACAUACAAGCUUUCAUCUCACCUUCGCAACAACCUCGCCACAACCUUCGUGGUCACAGCACUGGAAAUGGCACGCCGAUUCCAGUGGGUAUUUUUCAGAGUAGAGAAUGAAUGGAACAAGAUGACGAUGCGUGCAGCUGCAUCAGCUGAGGACUUGAAGGACUUAGCGGCUUCCGAAGAUCAUUCUGAUGACAGACCGCUCCUUACUGUCACAGGCGGCAAGGACUCCCCCCGAGAAGUCUAA